UGUGACCUUUCCACCUGCGCAUCCAUCUUUCCGCACCACCCCAGGGAACGCCGCAGCCGGUUUUACGGCCGGUUUCCCCGUAGGCAGGGCUGUCCCUCCGCCAGCCCCCUCGUUCCCAGCAUCUCCGCGCUGUAUCUAGGCAGGCCGCCCCACCUUCAACGGAGCAGCGGGCGGGUAUGGCGGGGCCCGGCGGGGCGGCAGCACCGCUGGUGCUGUACCACUGGACGCAGUCCUUCUCCUCGCAGAAGGUGCGCCUAGCCAUUGCUGAGAAAGCUCUAACGUGUGAAGAACACGAUGUAAAUCUGCCCCUGAGUGAACACAACGAGCCGUGGUUUAUGCGCUUAAAUGCGUCUGGAGAAGUACCUGUCCUCAUUCAUGGGGAAAAUAUUAUUUGUGAGGCAACGCAGAUCAUUGAUUAUCUCGAAGCAACGUUUGUAGAUGAAGAAGUGCCAAAACUAAUGCCGGAAGAAGGGAGCAUGUAUUAUCCGAGGGUGCAACACUACAGAGAGCUUUUAGACUCCUUGCCUAUGGACGCCUACACGCAUGGCUGCAUUCUGCACCCUGAGUUAACUGUGGACUCCAUGAUUCCAGCCUAUGCUACAAGCAGAAUCCGUAGUCAAAUAAGUAAUACAGAAUCAGAGUUGAAAAAGCUUGCAGAAGAAAAUCCAGACCUUCAAGAUGCCUACAUAGCAAAACAGAAGCGCCUUAAAUCUAAAUUGCUGGAUCAUGAUAAUAUAAAAUACCUAAAGAAAAUACUGGAUGAACUGGAGAAAGUUUUGGAUCAGGUUGAGACUGAGUUGCAGCGUCGAAAUGAGGAAACGCCAGAAGAUGGAAGUCAGCCUUGGCUCUGUGGUGAAUUCUUCAGUUUGGCAGAUGUAUCGCUUGCUGUCACGUUGCAUCGGUUGAAAUUUCUUGGAUUAGCAAGAAGAAACUGGGGAAACGGAAAACGGCCGAACUUGGAAGCAUAUUAUGAGCGUGUCCUGAAGAGGAAAGCAUUUCACAAAGUUUUAGGACACGUCAACAAUAUAUUGAUCUCAGCAGUUCUGCCAACUGCAUUUCGAGUGGCCAAGAAGAGAGCGCCCAGAGUUCUUGGCACCACCGUGAUGGAUCUGUCGGUGUUGCUGGGAAGGACUGAAUUGUCCACCAGGUGUCAGUGGUCCUCCAGGGCAUGCCUCUGAGAUGUACAGGAAACCAUGAAGAUUUCAUGAACAAGCUGAUGAUCUCAGUGUAAGACAGAUGACGGAUGAUGUGAGCACACUCAUGAAACUAGUAAUCUCAAGAGCCUUGAAACAACUGCUUUGGUCUACUGCAGGCUAGUUCUGUAGUAUUUAUAAGUUUAGCUUGUGAGUAGCUUCUAUACUGAUUAAUUAAGACUGCCUAACGGAGAACAAAGUUUAAGUGAUAUUUCAGAUUAAAGUGAAUGCCCCUAAAUAGCAAUUAAACUUGUCUGCAGGAAUGAAUACGGAUAAAACUUGCUGAGAAAAGUUUGGGUCCCUAGUUUUAAUAAAGUUCUGUUCAACUAAGGCUACUUACUUUCACAAUCCUGAAAUACAGUGUGCAACAGUGAUUUCUGUACAGGUGGCAGCAAAAGGCUUAUCCAUGAUUAUAUUCUCAAAAUGACUCAGUGAAGAGUACGUUUUGUGUGGAUUUUGUAAGUUUUCUUUUCAGCCUGCCUUAUUUUCUUUGCUCAGUACCUCUGAUACUGUUUAUAUUGCAUACGGAGUCUUCUCAUUUUCACUUACUAUUUGCUCUCAUGCAUCAGAUAACAUUUCAUAUAAUGUCUUUAUAUGUGGGACCAGCAAAUAAACUUAGAUUCUGAGACUACUGUGUA